UAAUUUCGGUAGACACUUUUCUAGAUUCUUUGGGCAACCAUACCACAGAAUAGAUCAAUAGUACGGGAGCUGUUAUCAUAAUGAUCUUCACAGCACUUUUUUUUAUCAAUUUAACGCUUCUUUAUCUAUGCUUCACAGAAAUUUGGCAAUUCAGAUUUCAGUUCAACAGUUGUACUUUAUUUCAUUAAAAUUUAAAAUAUUAAUUAUUCUUUAGUGGGUACCUAUGAAAUUCUCUGUAUUUCAAAAAAUUUUCAGUGUGUUAAAAUAAUAUAACGAGUUGUUGUUACUAUCCUUUUCUGCGUAAAUCACUUCAAAGGACAGAUGCUUUUCGAGAUGGCACUGGAGGCGACAAUUGAUCAACAAAACAUGGCGUUCAACCCGGCCAAAUUGCAUUCUUCCAUAAAGAUACCAUUUCCAAAAUCUUCAUCAAUUGAAAACGAAUACUUUGUGUAUCAUCAGGCCGAUCUGUUUUCUCAAAGUUUCUCGGCAAUUGAGGGAAUACGCCGAAUGGGAAAACUGUGCGAUGUCACACUGAAAGUAGAAAACAUGUCAUUUAGUGCCCAUCGCAUAGUGUUAGCUGCCACAGUACCAUAUUUUAAUGCUAUGUUUACACACAACAUGAUUGAAAGUACCCAGAAAGAUAUUGUGAUGCAUGGAAUUGAUCCUGAAGCAUUGGAAGCAUUGAUUAAUUUUGCAUACAGUGGCCGAAUAUCAAUAAAUGUCAAUAAUGUUCAGUCACUAUUAAUUGGAGCUUCAUUUUUGCAGUUGAAAUGGGUACGAAAUGCUUGCGCAACAUUCAUUAAAGAAAGGUUUCAUCAAAAUAAUGUUUUAAAAGUACGUACAUUAGCUGAUUCGUUGGGAUGCUUUGGCUUAAUGACUGAUUCUAAUAGAUAUAUAGCUCAAUAUUUUCCUGAUAUAUCACUAUCUGAAGACUUCUUAAAUCUUAAUAUUUCUGAAUUAAUUGACAUAGUCAAUAAAGAUGAGUUACAAGCAUCUGAAGAACAGGUAUUCGAAGCAACUAUUCGCUGGGUGAAACAAGACGAAUUAAGACAAGAAUGUUUUCCUCAACUGCUUGCUGCUGUAAGAUUACCAUUACUCUCACCUCAUUACUUGGCUGAUAGAGUUGCUACUGAAGAAUUAAUUAGAUCAUCUCACGAAUGCAGAGAUUUAUUAGAUGAAGCUAAAGACUACCAUUUAAUGCCUGAAAGAAGACUUUUAUUACAAAGUUUUCGCACUAGACCUCGCUGUGUCAGUUAUAUUCGUGGACACAUUUAUGCAGUUGGUGGACUUACAAAAUCAGGUGAUUCACUUAGUACUGUAGAAGUCUAUAAUCCCUUGACUGAACGAUGGGAGCUUGCAGAAGCUAUGAGUAUACUACGUAGUAGAGUUGGAGUAGCCGUUUUAAAUAAUAAAUUAUAUGCGUUUGGAGGCUAUAAUGGAAUAGAAAGACUAUCUUCAGUAGAAGUAUUUGAUCCUGCAACAAAAUCUUGGAAUAUAGUUUCACCAAUGCAUCGGAAGCGCAGCGCCCUUGGAGCAGCUGCACUAAAUGAUCGACUAUACGUGUGUGGAGGUUUUGAUGGAGUCAGUUCAUUAAAUAUUGUUGAAUGUUAUCAACCCGAUUUAGAUCGCUGGACAAUUAUUACACCAAUGCAAAAACAUCGAAGUGCUGGCGGGGUAGUUGCGUUUGAUGGUUAUAUUUAUAUUCUCGGAGGUCACGAUGGUCUAAGUAUUUUUGACUCUGUUGAACGAUAUGAUACUUAUACAGGUCAAUGGCUAUCUGUUACACCUAUGUUAAUAAAACGUUGUCGCUUAGGAGUGGCCACAUUGAACGGUAAACUUUAUGCAUGUGGUGGAUAUGAUGGAUCAACGUUUUUACAAACUGUUGAAGAAUAUGAUCCUCAGACGGACAAGUGGAGAUUUGUGGCUUCAAUGAAUGUGACAAGGAGCCGUGUGGCGUUGGUAGCCAAUGCUGGAAAAUUGUGGGCCAUUGGUGGGUAUGAUGGAUUUUUGAAUCUACCCACCGUAGAAGUGUAUGAUCCGAAAGCUGACUGCUGGACAUUUGCAGCAUCCAUGUGUGCCCAUGAAGGUGGAGUCGGAGUCGGUGUCAUACCCAUACAAGAGCCCGAGGUUCCAUGAAUAUGUAUGUCUGUUGUGGUUACUAUAAUAAUAACAUUACCAUCUAUUAUAUCUAUCCGCAAUGGGAGCGGUAGAAUAGGUAACAAAUGGAAUUUGUAAAAACAAAAACAAUGUUAUACAUCAUAUUAUUUACGUUGAAUUAUCGUUUUUGUCACAUUUUGGAAGACGAUAUCACUGUGCAAACCAUAUUCGAUUGUUUAAUUGUUUAUCAAACAUUCGUUCCAAAUAAGGUACCAGGUGAUAUAAUAAAAGUUGUAUCCAACCCGAAUUCAGAUUAUAUCGGCUUGAAUUGGUCUGCUCAGUUUCAUGUAUUGCAUGUCCUUAUGUCCUUUGAAAA